AUGGCCGAUGGCGAUUCUGAAUCGUACAGAAGCGAUUCUGACUCAUUUUCUUCGGAUGAAGAAGUGGAAAACCUUUUCCAAGACGAUGAUAGCGACGACGAAGAAGAAGAAUUCGGUGGAUUUGAAUUUAACCUUCCCGAACGAAUAACCUUUCACGAAGACGAAGAUGGAAGCUUUACCAACGCAYACAGACAAUCACACCAGCAUGUAUUUUUUGAUCGAAGUAAUUCUGGACCAACUAUCAACCAAGUACCAAGAGAUGGAAGAACUAUUGACUUUUUCCAGCUAUUUUUCACGGAGGAACUUUUUGAAAAGAUCGUAGAAUGGACAAACAAGUGGGCCGAGAUAAAAGGAGCCAGAAAUUUUAAAAAUACAUCCGUUGAAGAGAUUAAAGCGUACGUUGCCAUGAUAAUGAUGAUGAAUCGGGAUGUUGUUUUGCCAAGAACUGAAAAUUACUUUAGGAGUGAUGAAAAUAAAUGGAUUUUUCUAACACCAGGAUUUCGUCGUGUGUUUACUCAAAGACGAUUUCAUGAGCUUGGACGUUAUAUAUUUUUUUCAAACCCAAAUGAUUUAAAUGCCGAUGACAAACUUUGCAAAAUCCGAGAAUUCAUUUUAUCACUUCAAACGACCUUCAAGGAAAAUUUUGUAUGUGGGAAGGCUCUAUCACUCGAUGAAUGCAUGGUCCCUUAUAAAGGAAAACUCGGAAUAAAGCAAAGAAUUCUAGGGAAACCAGUUCGCUGGGGAAUAAAAAUCUUUGAAUUAUGCGACAGUGAAACAGCUUACUUGUCACGAUUUGAAGUCUAUCUGGGAAAAGAAAGGGGGCAGCAGCAAACAGCAUCUGAAGUUGGAAAGUGUGGGCAAGUUGUUGCAAAACUGACUGAGGAUUUUCAAAACAAGGGUCACCAUCUUUACUUAGAUAACUGGUACAACAGUGUGGCAUUAUGUUAUUUUUUACAAGCCAAAGGAAUAUAUGUGUGUGGGACUGUGCGAUCCAAUAGGAAGUUCUAUCCAGAUGAUUUGAAAUCACUCAAGCAGUCUCGAAUGGCCCGUGGUACUUCAGAGAUAAGAGUUUACAAUGGUAUAGUUGCAAUGGCAUGGAAAGAUACAAAGCUUGUGCACUUCCUUUCAACUAUCCAUUCCCCUGAGCAAGUAUCAACAGUUCAGCGGAAUAGAAAACUUCCUAAUGGAGGGUUUGAGACAGUUGACAUCCCUGCGCAUGCUAUUGUUAACGACUACAAUGAUAAUAUGGGAGGGGUGGACAGGAAUGACCAAUUAACAGGUGUCUUGAAAAGCAGGAGGCAAAUGAGAUGGUAUAUGAGACUUAUUGUUAAGUCUUUAGAACUUGCAACAUUCAAUGCUUAUGUAAUCGAAGGUCAUUUUUUGGAACAUGACAUCACUGGCCGACGAAAUAGAGACUUGGCAGUCUUCAGAGAAGAAUUGAUUCUCCAGUUAGUGGGAACAUGGAGAGCGAAGAGAUCCAGACCAGGUAGAAAAAGAUCCCAUGAAGAUCCUACCAGACUACAAGAAGUUGGGUUGCAUUUUCCUGCAAAGGGAGAAGGGUCUGAUCAUACAUGUGAAGUUUGCAGAGAGAAGCGCCGACGCUACAUGGUCACUAACCCAGGAGUCCACAAGAAUCAAGUUCCUCAUAAACUGACUAAGACCACUUUUAAAUGUGAAAUCUGUGAUGUUUAUUUGUGCAUUUCAAGAGAAAGAAACUGUUUUAAAAYGUGGCAUUCCAAGGUUGAAUUCUGGAGAUAGAGAUUUUUUCACUCCUGCUACAACUGGAAAUAGAAUUUGUGUUAUUAUUUUCCUUUUUUUACAAUUUCCAGAACUCAACCUUGGGCUUCUAUGCUUUAAACCAGUUUUUUUCUCUUGAGGACUAGACUGCUGGCUAUGCAGCCUUAGUUCCAAUAUGUUAAAUCAAAUGUAGAAAUAUACAUGCAACAUAGAAGAUUACCUGAUACAUUUAACGAAAUUUAUUAGGUAUUAUCUACCUUUUAAAUUCAGAUUUGAUAAACAUUAACCUCAAAUUAUGUCUUGUCAAUAAAUCUUAGUCAAUAUGUAAGCAAUGUAUGCAAUUAUUUGUGGAAGAUAAACAGAUUUGCCUUACCUUGUCUUCUUAUCUUUGUGAAGUACUUGAUUUUCRUAGAAAUUUUACAAUUUGAAGGCUCGGUUACUCAGUUUUAUUCUAUUUUUAGCAAUUUUGAACGCACAAAGAGAAAGCUUGUUGACUCUACUUUCAUAUUAUUAUGGGGUUACCUUAUGUGAAAAUGGCUCCUAUAUAGUCAAAAUGGCAUUUUUUACAA